UUACUUGUUACUUCCGUUAAAAUUUUUCAAAUCUUAAUUUCCAACACAAUGUCAGGUACUGCCGGAGAUUGGUGUCUAAUAGAAAGCGAUCCGGGAGUAUUUACGGAACUGAUCCGAGGAUUCGGUGUCAAAGGAAUUCAGGUAGAAGAGAUAUGGAGCUUAGAUUCUGACAGUUUCAAAAAUUUAAAACCUGUCCAUGGACUUAUUUUUCUAUUCAAAUGGGUACCAGAGACAGAACCAGAUGGCUCCAUUGUACGAGACAAUCGACUGAACCAAAUAUUUUUUGCUAAACAAGUAAUCAACAACGCAUGUGCAACACAAGCUAUUCUCAGUAUUUUGCUCAACUGCAAACAUGAAGAUCUGGAAUUGGGAGAAACCUUGACAUCUUUCAAAGAGUUUGUUCAAAACUUUGACCCAGCUAUACGUGGAUUGACUUUGAGUAAUUCUGACGUCAUACGUCAAGUUCAUAAUAGUUUCUCUCGGUAAGAAUAUUUAUUUCAUUUCCCUUUUUCUUUUUUUUUUUAUCUUUCUUUUUUUUCACUGCCAAAGGAAGAGUGGGAACAGCAAUAUCUUUUGUAGGGCCUUUUACCCCUGGGUGUUGUUGAUGAGAAUGCUGAUUGGCUUGAUGUUGUUAGACCUGUUAUUGAGAAACGGAUUCAGAAGUAUCACAAUGAUGAAAUCCACUUUAAUUUGAUGGCCAUUGUCUCAGAUCGCAAAAUGCUAUACGAGCGCAAGAUGAAAGAUUUUGAGAGUUCUGCCAUGGAGACUGAUGAUAUCGGUAGUGAGAUAAGCAGACUCCAGAUGUUGAUACAGGAAGAAGAACAAAAGAUGGCACGUUACAAAAUUGAAAACAUCCGUCGCAAACACAACUACCUACCUUUUAUAGUGGAACUGUUGAAGUGUCUGGCCAAAGAGGAGAAAUUAGUACCUUUAGUAGAGAAGGCCAAGGAAAAGGCUGCAAAGAAGAAGGAAGUGAAGGCUUGAUAUCAGCUACCCUUAAUCUAUCCUACUUUAAUCAUUCACCUGUUGGUGUUCAUUAGUAAAAGGGCUGUGUCUUGUUCUUAAUGACCACAUCCACCGAUGCUGUUCUUCGUCAACUGUAUAUGUUUUCCAUUUUCAACACCAAGUAUUUGAUGUUUUCAUAUAUUAAUAAACAUUUGACAAUAUCA